AACAUUCUUUACGACAGCGUACUGCCGUGUUCUGACAGACCGGUGUCGUACGUUUUUGCAGAAUCACCAUGGCGUCUGUGUUGAAAGAGACUGCGGGGUUAUAUGAAACGUUGAAAGCCGAGUGGAAUAAGAAGAAUCCAAAUCUUAAUAAAUGUGGUGAGAUCCUGAGCAAGCUAAAGAUAUCCCUGUUGGAGUUGAACUUUCUACCAACUACUGGGACCAAACUUACCAAACAGCAGCUUAUCCUUGCCAGAGAUGUUCUGGAGAUUGGAGCACUAUGGAGCAUUCUGAAGAAAGACAUCCCCUCCUUUGAACGCUACAUGGCUCAGCUGAAGUGUUAUUACUUUGAUUACAAGGAUGAGUUGCCUGAGUCAGCCUACAGGCACCAGUUGCUGGGUCUCAACUUGCUCUUCCUGCUGUCUCAGAACAGAGUGUCUGAGUUCCACACAGAGCUGGAAAGACUGAGCGCAAAAGUCAUCCAGACAAAUGUCUACAUCAGACAUCCAGUUUCAUUAGAGCAGUAUCUGAUGGAGGGCAGUUACAACAAGGUAUUCCUUGCCAAAGGAAAUAUUCCUGCUGAGAGCUACACCUUCUUCAUUGACAUUCUUCUUGAUACGAUUCGAGAUGAGAUUGCAGGUUGUAUAGAAAAAGCUUAUGAACAAAUUCAAUUCAGUGAGGCCACACGGGUGCUUUUCUUUUCCUCUCCGAAAAAGAUGACAGAAUAUGCGAAGAAAAGAGGCUGGACUCAGAGUCCUGAUGGAUACUAUUCAUUCAGUACCCAGCAUCAAAAAACAGAGGAAGUGACCAUCCCCUCCACAGAACUGGCCCAACAAGUCAUCGAGUAUGCAAGGCAGCUGGAAAUGAUUGUGUAGUGUGGAUAUAACAGUGUUUAGACACAUGUAUACAUAAAGGUUCACAUUUGUUUAUCCAAAUAUACAAAUAAAACCAUUGUACAGUGGCCAUAUAUCUGUACUCAGUUUAGACACAGGAUGACACGGCUGCAAAUAAUGACUCUCAGAGGACGAGACCAGAACUCUUUAGCUUACAAGUUAUCAAUAUCUACCUGUAUCAGGGUCUCUGUAUGAUUAUCUGCUGGGUGUGUCAACCCUCCUGCAUUACUGACGAACAUCUAAUGACUGGGUCUCUUUUUUUUUUUUCUAAAUAAUCAUUUAAUAUGUCUUAUUUUGAAUAUUCACAUGUUGUUCCUCUCAACAAGGAUGGCUUUUAGCUAGAGUGAGCUUGUGUAAAAAUGAAAAAAAGACAAUUGGCCUGGCUGGUAUUGUCACAAGACAUUGACGUUUCUGAUGAAUAAAGCGUUUUUCUGAUUCUUUUA